AGAAUAGAAAUGAACAUCCAAGCUGUGCAACAUAUGAGAGUUACUCACUUAUCAAGAAGCACUUAGUAUAUGAGAGCAUAAACAACAUGAAUCUAACAAGUAUAAUGCACACAACUGUAGCUAGUAGAACCCUAUCAUAACUCAGAAAUGUUUUUGCAGGCUAGCAGUCAGUAGCAGUCAGUCUUGAAAAACCGAACAGAGACAGAGUGGAUAUGCAUGGCCUUUUUGACAGCCACCCCCAAAUUUGGAUGCAAUAUUAUCAUUUUUUUUAAAUGAAAACCAGAAAUACUGUUUUUCAUUUGUUCCCAGAAAUACUGGUUUUCCUGUUUGACAGCAAACCAGGAAUGCUUUGUAGCAUACCACCAAAAACAAAGUGGAUCUAAUUCAUGCCCAAAAACCUUUUUGCUGAUAAUUUCUUCAAAAAGUUAGCAUGUUAUUUGACUUUUUUCCCUAUUUAUGGUAUAUGUUUGUAUUUCGGUACUUUUACCAUGAUGCGACAUAUAUACCAUUAGGUAGAGGCCUAUAAUCAUAAUACUUUGGGGUCUUUUGGGGAUUGUUGUUAUUAAGAAAAGUAAUUUUCCAUUGCUUUUUUCUUAGCGGGGUAGUUAAAGGGUUUAAAAAUUGGUUUAUUUCUUCCACCAAGAGGUGUAAUUUGUUCUCAGGUCUCUUGAAAACAAGAUUUUGAGGUGACUAAGAUGUUCUUCAAAAGAUAAAACUAACUUGACUUAACUAAGCAACAAAAUCAUUGACUAGCAAUGUGCACAUGCAUGAAUUUGAAUACCCAGUGAUGUGCCUUAUAGACAGCAUUCUCUGAGUGAAAAGUGUGCAGAGGCUAAUGUGGACCCUGCAACUGAAAAGGAAACAUCACUCUGUGUCAAAGUUCACCUCCAUACAUCCGUUUUCUGCAGCUUAUCCAGAAUGUUCACAGUGACUGCAGGUUUAACAGGACAGUUGAGAUGUUUGUUCCGCCCACCCCCUCCAGGUUUUGUGCGGUUGCACCACCACACAAAUAAGGUGUGUUUUGAUUAAACGGUCAGAAAUGUAAUGUUGUCCUGUGUUUGAAAUAUUUCCCAGUUUUUAACGCGAACCAGCAAUGUUUUGUGUUGCAGCAUACAUUCAGAAGUAAAUCUGAUAACCACAAAAUAUUUGUACGGUUGCACCACCAAAGAGGUGUGUUGAGAUAAAAAAGCUAAAAAUUAAAUGUUGUCGUGUGUGCUGUGACAUUCUCCUUUUUUUCUGUGAACCUGCAAUGUCUUAUACUGUAGCAUACAAUCAGAGGUAAAUCUGAUUGCCAAAAAUUUUAGACAUGCAAUUUUUCUUGUUUAUGCAAUAUUAUCAUUUUUUGAAAUGAAAACCAGAAAUACUGGUUCUCCUGUUUGACAGCAUACCACUAAAAACAAAGUGGAUCUAAUUCAUGCCCAAAAACAUUUUUGCUGUUAAUUUCUUCAAAAAGUUAGCAUUUUAUUUGACUUUUUUCCCUAUUUAUGGUAUAUGUUUGUAUUUUGGUACUUUUACCAUGAUGCGACAUCUAUACCAUUAGGUAGACGCCUAUAAUCAUAAUACUUUGGCGUCUGUUUUUUGGGGAUUUUUGUUAUUAAGAAAAAUAAUUUUCCAUUGCCUUUUUCUUAGCGGGGUAGUUAAAGGGUUUAAAAAUUGGUUUAUUUCUUCCACCAAGAGGUGUUAUUUGUUCUCAGGUCUCUUGAAAACAAGAUCUUGAGGUGACUAAGAUGUUCUUCAAAAGAUAAAACUAACUUGACUUAACUAAGCAACAAAAUCAUUGACCAGCAAUGUGCACAUGCAUUAAUUUGAAUACCCAGUGAUGUGCCUUAUAGACAGCAUUCUCUGAGUGAAAGGUGUGCAGAGGCUAAUGUGGGCCCUGCAACUGAAAAGGAAACAUCACCCUGUGUCAAAGUUCACCUCCAUACAUCCAUUUUCUGCAGCUUAUCCAGAAUAAGCUGCAGAAAAGCUUAUCCCCCCUCCAGGUUUGUCCAUGUGAUCGUUGAAGUCUUCCAAGGGGGCUAUAGAAUCCCCCGUUGGUAUCCUUUCCAGGACCUCAUCCACAUACUCCAAUCAGCUGUUUGGUGUAUAUGCACUGACAAUAAUCAGAGCCCCAUUUAGAGCAACUUGUUGUUGCUUCAAGUAGUGAUGACCCUCUAAUUCUGUGAGGGGACCUCCAACAAAGUGGCACUCAGCCAGGAGCUUGUGGGUAUCCUCAUACCCACCCAGUGCCUCACACCCUGGGAAACUCCAGAAAAGGCUCCAGCCCAGAGACACGACGAGGAGCGGUAAGGCCUACGUAAAUGUAUACUGGUGUCAAGACAGCAAGAGGAGCUGUGUCUAUACAUCACAUUCUUCCAGACCUCAGGAGAACACGCUGAGUCAGCCCUCAUACUCGCAUAACCAAUGGCAGAUGCAAGCUUUCAGAGGGAGUUCCUGCAGGCCCACAAUGCCUACAGGGCACUGCACGGCUCACCACUGCUGACCCUCAGCAGCGAGCUGACUGCCUCAGCUCAGAAAUGGGCCGAUCAUUUGCUGGCUCUUGGCUUGAUGAAUCACAGUGACACAAAGGACGGAGAGAACAUCUUCACCAAAUUAAGCUCAGACACACUGACAGGGAAAGAAGCUGUAGAUGCGUGGUAUAGUGAGAUCAAGGACUACAACUGGAGCAGUCCUGGCUUCAAAAGCAAUAAUGGUCAUUUCACUCAGGUGGUGUGGAAGGACAGUACUGAACUGGGCGUGGGACUAGCUGCUGUUGGCACGAGGGCCUAUGUGGUCGGUCAGUACCGACCAGCUGGCAACAUGAACAUGCCAGGAUACUUUGAGAGCAACGUCCUCCCGAAAGGUGGCGGAGAGGCGGGUGGAACAGGCAUCAGCUCCAGCGGCAGGUCUGGAAAGAAAAGGACUAAAAUCUGCACACUGCUAUAGACGACCUGGCAUGACCAACACAACACUUCUUUUUUUUCUUUUUAUGACUAAAAUUUACUAAACAUUGUGUGCAUCAUUAACAGAAAUAAAAAUAUAUUGAUAUAAUA